AUGUUCAACUUGUUACUGCCUACCAGUCGAAAUGGAGCAAGCGGCCGACGUGCAGGAGGUCCUGCAGCGCCAGCGAGAAUAUCAAUGGAAGCUGGCGGAGAGAGACAAAAGUCUGCCCGCGAUGCAGCUGGACAUGGAGAACUUGCGCGUUACAAAGGCACAGGGCGAAAGAAGCGGGAAGGGGAUUUUGCGAAGGAGAAAGAGGCGCAAGACGCGCAGAUGCAGGAGCUCAACCGCCAGCUGCGCGAGCUCCAGACACAGCGCGACCAGGCGACCAAGCACGCACAGGAAGCGGCCGUAAAGCGUACAGAGCUCGAAAACGCAACACUAGAACUCAUGAUACAGCGAGACCGGGCGGCCAUAGCGGCCAUAGACAAUGCGAUUGCAGAGCGGACACGAGAGGAGCAGCGCAUCCAACACCAACGGACACAGACGGUGAAGGAGAGUGUGUUCAAACAUACGAUGAAGGUGUCGAUGGCCGAGAGCCUUGUACACGGCGCGCUUCGGGUUGCUGGUCAUGCAAUUUCAGCAGUGUGUGUUGUGCUGUAG